AUGGGGAUGAGUCGCGAAAGCUCGCGAAGAGGUGAGCGAGGCGACGACCGGCGUGGGGACAGAGCCCCAUUAGGCGUGGAUGGCGGAAGUUUCGGCUGCAAAGAGGUAGGUGCGAGUCAUGGAAGGAGUGGUGCCACCCAGAGUGCCAUCACGGCAGUAGAAGAGUGCUUCCAGCCAUGGGAGGCUGUAGAAGCUGCCUGGCAAGAAGAGCAGCGGGAGGCCGCUAAGGUCCUGCUGGACUUGCAACAGGCCAGAACAGAAGGAGCACUGGGGAAAACCAGUGACGAGCUGACUGCUGUGGCCCAGCAGUUCGGAGUAGAAUCCGCGUCACAGUUGUGGAGGAAGCUGUAUGAUCGAGCAACCGGCGUCUGGUCUUAUUGGAACGACAGGCUCAACGGGCACGUCAAUCGCGUGAGUCUUUGCUUUCGAGUGACAUGCCUUUAG